UUACCCAUCAACUAAGGUUGUUGGAGUAGAUAUAUCUCCAUACCAACCAACUACGAUAAAACCUAAAAAUUUUGAAUUCGUUAUGGCAAAUGUUGAAGAACGAUUACCAUUUGAUGAUAAUACUUUUGAUUUUGUAUUUCAACGAUAUUUAGUAUUUGGUCUUUCCAAAGAGAAGUGGCCUCAAGUAAUAAAUGAGCUGGUCAGAGUUUUAAAACCGGGUGGAUUAUUAGAGUUAUGUGAACCUUCCCUGUUUUGUUUUGAUGCAGGACCAGCUACUAAACGUAUUGGUGGUGGUG